CCCGCGGUCCGCUCCCUCCGCUCCGUGUGGAGAGAAGAAAAUAAACCCCUCCACCACCAACCACCACCGCCACCGCUCUGCUAACGGGGCUAGUUAUGGAAGUGCAGCCCAAACACUGACUCCUCCGCGGGGACACCGAGCCGAGACUGCCCCCCGCAUGCACCGACCACACCGGGGGGACCGUACGCGGGACCGUGUCGGGAUUCCGGGAGCGUUUGUGCUUUUAAAGACGCACACGGGCUUCUUUUCUUUCGCUUCUUUUGGCUCGGGCUAGCUGAGCGUGCUAACCGUAGCCUAGCAGCGAGGAGCGGCGCUGGAUGAACUUCGCAUGGGUUGACCGCGGUGGUAAAAACGGUGCAUCGCUUCUCGUUUGCCCCCGCUCGCAUGGUCCCCUCACGCCGGGAGUCUUUCGUUACUCGAUGGAGGCUUUCCCCGCGGAUCUGGAAGCCUUUACGAACGCGCACAUGCUGUUUUUUUCCACGCGAUCACGUUAUUGAUUUGGGAAGCCCACUGGCGGAGGAGCUAACAGGAUAUUAGCCACUUUUCGCUUUGUGGUCGCAGGCCACGGGACGCUGGUCUAAUGGCAGCUAAUAUUUAUUGCAAAGUGUUCCAGAAAUGCAGAUGAUUUCAUGCAAAUAAACAUUGAUUUUCCAGACGAUCUUUUGGCUUGAAAUGCAGCGAGCGGUUGCCAGGUUGGGAGAGUAGGAGCAGCGCAGGAAAGCAGCGGGGUCGCCUCAUCUGUUCCGUGGGUUAGAAGAAGUGCACCUCCGUCCGAUCGGAUCCGAACCGCACAAAGAGGUGACAUGUCUGCCGCUAAGGAGAACCCAUGUCGGAAAUUUCAGGCGAACUUCUUCAACAAGAGCAAGUGUCAGAACUGCUUCAAGCCCCGAGAGCUGCAUCUGCUCACCGACCAGGAUCUCAACCAGGCCAAACCCAUUUAUGGAGGAUGGCUGUGCCUGGCCCCCGAGGGAACAGACUUCGACAACCCUAUGCAGAGAUCUCGGAAGUGGCAGAGGAGGUUCUUCGUGCUCUAUGAACAUGGCUGCCUGCGCUUUGCACUCGACGAAUCGCCCAGCACACUGCCCCAGGGCACCGUCAACAUGAACCAGUGCACGGACGUGAUCGACGCAGAGCCCAAGACCGGCCAGAAGAACUCCCUAUGCAUCAUCACGCCCGAGCAGGAGUACUUCAUCAGAGGGGAGAACAAGGAGAUCAUCAAUGGGUGGAGUGAGCAGCUGUCUGUCUAUCCUCGCACCAACAAACAGAACCAGAAGAAGAAACGCAAGGUGGAGCCUGCAACCUCACAAGAGCCUGGUCCAGCGAAGGUAGCAGUGACGGGCUCGGGGAUCCCAGAGACGGAGAAGGGCCCAGACUCCAGCUCCAUCAUCUGGCAGGAAGAGCUGAGUCAGAGGGAGGCAGAGGGAACAGCGCUGUGGGCUACUGCUGAUCUGCCCCCUACAGGUGAUGUUGCCGUGUCCUCAGACCUCAACUCUCUGAAUGGUGAUGAAGUGGACCGCAGCUCCAGUCACGUCCUCCACGGCUCCGCCCCUCAGCCCACCAGCGACCCUCUUUCCCCCACAGGCUCCUGCUCCAGCCUGGGAGGGGUCCCCCGCUGCCUGUCCCCGGCCCCCAGCGACCCCUUCCCCUCGGGCAGCUCCCUGCUGUCCAACGGCUCCCACAUCAGCGGCUCUCUCAGCUCCCUGGACUCGGACGCCAGUGGCAGCACGGUGACCAGCGGAGAGGGCCACAGCCAGAGCGCACACAGGGGCCACCACCAUGACACCCCCAGGGCCCGCAGGCUGGAGGCAGAGGCCCGCAAGGCUGAGAAGAGAAGCCGCCACAAGAGCCCAGACAGGAGGGACAGAGAGUCGCUCAUCAGCCCCGAGAGGAGUCGCUCCGGUGUGAUCGAGAAGCUGGAGGCCCUGGAGCUGGAGAACCAGGAGAAGAUGGAGGUGGAGGAGAGCGGGAGGAGCGAGGAGAGACAAGGCCGCAGCCAGCACAGGCGCUUCCAUCGAGAGGACCAAGGGCAGGACCCGGACUUCCCCUCCACUCUGCCCCCCCUGAGAAGAGCCAAGUCCCUGGACAGAAGGACCACAGAGUCUGUCAUGACCCCUGACCUGCUGAACUUCAAGAAGGGCUGGAUGGUGAAGCUGGAUGAACAAGGCCAGUGGAAAAAAUACUGGUUUGUGCUGACGGACCACAGCCUGCGCUACUACAAAGACUCCAUCGCUGAGGAGGCUUCUGACCUGGACGGUGAGAUUGAUCUGUCCACUUGCUACAACGUUACGGAAUAUCAGGCUCAACGCAACUAUGGGUUUCAAAUUCAUACGCAGGAAGGGGUGCACACUCUGUCGGCCAUGACGGCAGGGAUUCGCAGGAACUGGAUCCAGGCGGUCAUGAAGAACGUCAGACCCUCCACUGCCCCAGAUGUAGCAAGCUCCACUGAGGACCACAGCUCUUUCUCUGCUCUGGAAGGUUUGGUGCGACCAGACGUGACCCAGGAUUCCCCUUCCUCUGAGACGUCCUCUGUAGACUCCCCCUCUGUGGCCAAGAGCAGGGCCAGGGAGCGCAGGCGAGAGGGCAGGUCCAAGACGUUCGACUGGGCAGAGUUCAGACCCAUCGCCCAGGCUCUGGCCCAGCAGAGGGCUCAGGAGGCAGAGAGUCUGCAGGCCGACGUGGGAGAACUGGAGAAGAGCCGCCGCAGAGAGGAGAGGCGCAAGAGGUAUGAAUCUAUGACCAGCUCUGCAGUGGAGCCCGCAGAGGAAGUGAGGACUGAGCCAGAGAGCACAGGGGACACUGGAGGGCCUGGCUCUGUGGACAGGCAGCAGAGAGUGGAGGAGGUGAUCGAACAACACUGGAGACAGGUGGAGAAGACGCCCAUCAGAGAGGAGAGGAGGGUGCCCUUAGCCUCGGCACAGCAGCUCCAGCAGGCCUCGGAGCUGGAGCAACUGCUGGACACCUACAAGCAAGGGAUGGAGGAGCUCAAGGCUCAGCUGGAGAGCUGUCACCAGCAGCUCUUGGAGUCCAACAGGCACAAGGAGCAGCUGGAGCAGCAGCUGAGGAGUGCUCUGGAGAGGGAACAGGACAUCCGCACGGGCUACAUCUCUCCUCUGGAGCCCCCUUUGGGUCUGGAGGCUGAUGUGACGCCCCAGAUGAAGAAGAGCGAGCUGGUUAGUUCUCAGGCACAGAGCUUAACCAGGAAGUACCAGGAGACCAAAGAACUCCUGAAGCUGCAAGAGCUGAAAAAGCGCAGUAUGCAGGCACAGCUUGGCCUCACGCUUUCUCACUUGCCCAUUAAGGACACUUACUUUUCUGACACUCCUCCCCCUGAACCUGUUCUAAAAACUGUUAGUCUCUUGCUACGCGACAGCUCCGAGGCUAUUCAGGAACUGGAAGACUUGAUAACUGACAAAACUAUCACCACCAAGGAGCUGUCUUCCUUACUCAAAUCACAUAGCUGCAAUCGUGACAUACCUGACAGACUACAGCUCCAGAAGAUUUUGGAAAGCUGGAAAUGCCAACAGGAGAUCACAAAUGAGACCAUCAGGAAGAGUUUAGCCAAGGCGGGAGAAAGCAUCCGAGAGUAUGAGGCACGUCUUUUAACCAUGGAGGAAGCAGUUGGGAAAGUCCAGAGGCAAAGCUUUGAAGGCCCCAAACACCCCUUCAGUCCUUGCCCAAAGAUCGAGAACCACUCUGAGACAAGCGAGAUGACUAUCGGAAUGCUUUCUCAGAAGGUGGAACUAUUGACCUGUGAGAAUGGAGCCUUAAAACAGCGAUGCCAGGAGAUAGUCAAUCAGCUGACAGAAGCUGACCGAGAAAUCGACCGCCUCAAAGCAGAGCUGAUCUGCCAGCAAGGUGGCAAGCAGCACCAUCUCAUCAUGGAGGAACUCAAGAUGCUGAAGGCUGAACUAGCUGAGAAUCAGGCUAAUGCUAUCGACAGAGAGUACUACGAGAGGGAGCUCAAUGAGAAGUCUCUAAGGCUUCAUGAAGCUCUAGUUACCCUGGAAGAGCUCGGGACUACCCUCAAAGACACUGAAAAGAAACUCCAGCUGAAGGAAGCCACCUUAAAGGGUCUCGGCUUCACCGCGGACAUGGAAGGUGAUGACCUGCAACCUGAAAAAGACCAACUCCAUGAGCUCCUAGAAGCUUCCCACGCCAAACUGCAGGAGACCGAAGCGCAGCUAGAGUCUACAGAACAGAGAUGUAGAGAACUUGAGGUUAGGAACGAAGAACUUGUAAGACUAAACCAAGAGUCAGAAUCUGUUUUAAAAUCAAGGCUAGCACAGGCGGAAGAGGAAAUCCAGAUGCUACGAGACAAGAUAGAAACACAGAGUAGAUUAGAAAAGCCAGAGUAUGUUCAGACAGGGGAUGUGCAGGUCGCUGAUAAAGAAGAACAAAUGGUAGAAGAGUUUGAGAGGAAGUCAGAGGCACUUAGGCAAGUUUUAGACAUGGUAGCUCAGGUAGAAGUUAACGUAGAAAGAAUGCUGUUGGAUUUGAGAAGCACUUUAUUUGAGACACCGCAAGAUGGACUGGUUAGUCAAGCAGACCGGGUAGUAGCUGUGGAAGGGGAAUUCUGGAGCCAAAUGGGUAAAGUAAACCCAGAUGUUGAUAGAUCUAGCAUAGAGUUUACAAGUUUGGCCAAACAAAUAAUUGCACAAGAACAAGCUCAUUUAGAAAUGCGUAGGAUAUGUCAACAAGUAAAAAGUGACGACGCCCAAGAAGAUUUUGCAACAGUGUAUAGUUGGUUCGACAAUGAUGCUCAUAGUUUAAUUCUUGAAGAGUUGAGAAACGCUUUGCAAGAAAAGUUAGAUUCAAUAAUGGAAAUAGUCUCUGGUUUAAAGCAAAGAGAUGAGAGGUUUAUGUCUUUGGCUGAAACUAGCAUAGGCCAAGAGGAGCGACAAAAACAGACUUCAGAUUAUUUGCGAGAUGCUUUCAAAGAGGCUUGCAUGGCGUAUGUGACGAUAAGGUUGAACGUUGAGCAUGAGAAAAAGCAGUCAGAAAUCCAACCAGGUAAUCAAGAGUGUGCAAACUGUUUAACAUUAAAAGAAUUGGCAAGCAAUCUCCAAUUGAAAGUUGACGAUCUACAAAGUCAAAUGUCUGAGGUAGAUCUAAAGAUACAGAUCGAAGGCAAGGCAAUAGAUUCAGUGGAUAAAACGAUAGAACUUCAGGACAUGUUAGCAAAGCACAAAAAGGAACUGAGGGAGCUGAAAGAAUCCUAUGAGCAGGAAAAUCACAAGUUACAGCAAGAUUUGACAAAGGUCAAUGAGGCGUUACACCUCCGUUCUGAAGAAAACAUUAAAGAGAUCGACUCCCUGACCAACUGCAUGGAGAACCUCCAGGAGAAGCACGAAGCCGAGCGGAAGCACCUCACCGAGAGGUUCAAUCAGGACAUGGAGGAGCUCUGGAGUUUGGUCAAUCAAGCGAAUCUGGUCGACAAUAUGGCUUUCUCUCCCCAAACGCUAAAAGAUCACAUCCAAGAGCUGGUCCGCCAAGUAUCAGCCAUGAGUGAGGAGAAGAUGCGGCGCGAGGAGCAGGACGACCCCACCACGCUGCGGCGGAAAUACGAGCAGGAGCUGGAGAACCUCAAGGCCACGUGUGAGCGAGGCUUUGCCGCCAUGGAGGAAUCCCAUCAGAAGGUGAUCGACGAGCUGCAGAAGAAACACCAGAGGGAGCUAGAGAACCUGCAGGAGGAGAAGGAGAGGCUGCUGGCGGAGGAGACGGCGGCUACUAUAGCGGCUAUUGAAGCUAUGAAGAACGCCCACCGGACUGAGCUGGAGAAGGAGCUGGACAAAGCUCGCAAAGCCAACAACAACGCCGAGAACGCAGACAUGGAGGAGAUCCACAGGCAGCACGAAGAGGAGCUGGGCUCGUUCCAGCGGGAGAUCGAGGUGCUGUCGGAGCAGUACUCUCAGAAGUGUCUGGAGAACGCUCACCUGGCCCAGGCCCUGGAGGCUGAGAGGCAGGCUCUGAGGCAGUGCCAGCGCGAGAACCAGGAGCUCAACGCACACAACCAGGAGCUGAACAACCGUCUGGCUGCAGAGAUCACCAGGAUGCGCUCCAUGGUGUCAGAGGAGGGCUCCGGGGAGGGCACAACAAUACAGGGCAAAGAGCUCUACGAGUUAGAGGUGAUGCUGCGGGUGAAGGAGUCUGAAGUGCAGUACCUCAAACAGGAGAUCAACUCUCUGAAGGACGAGCUCCAGGCAGCGCAGAGAGACAAGAAGUACGCUACGGACAAGUACAAGGACAUCUACACGGAGCUGAGCAUAGUGAAGGCCAAAGCCGAGAGGGACCUGGGGCGUCUCCGGGAGCAGUUGCAGCUGGCCCACGAGGCGCUGGGGGAGGCUGAGCUGGAGGAGGUGGACCGCGGGGGAUACGACAUCAUGAAGUCCAAAAGCAACCCAGACAUUCUCAAGAUGGCCGCCGCUGCUGCCAAACGCUCGGAGCGCACCAUGAGGUCAAAGUCUGUGAGUCGAGACAUGCCCUGGGACAGUUAGGGCUGCAGCACAGAGCGCCUCUGCUCCUGAGAGUCUAAAGGAGGGCCUGACCGCAGAACAGCGCCUCCACCUGUUCGACAACAAGGACCCAAAAGAGUUCUGAGCGCUGCAUGUUCAAACGCCCACUGCAUUUUAGCUCCUAUCGUACCACACUACACUGGCCACACACCCCUCCUAUGUUAUUCAGAAUAUGGUAUGAAGUUUGAGUUUAUAGUCGGCAUUCCCUGCACUUCAGUUAACUGUGACUUUUUUGUACUUUUUUUUUUUUUUUUUUUUUGCUGCCAUGUCUUACUGUAAAUACUGUUUUUAAUAAUGAACAUCCGUCAACACUAAAAAAAACUGUGUAAGCUACUGUUUUAACUCCCCGGACUGUUGCUAGCCACAAAUGUGACGGUGAAUGGCUAAAACUACGGCAGCCCCAGAAGGUCAUAACCAAUUUGCAAUUUCACGAAAGAAUGUAGAAAUGGAAUUUAUAUUUUUCUAGAUAUUUUAACAGUUUCAAUAAUAGUUUUAAACUAUUUCAGUAAAAUAGAGUGUUUUAAUUUAAUACGAAAUGAGUUCAUCUAAUUUAUAACGGUAGUUUAGAAUCAGCAUUCAGAGAUUUCAACAUUUUCUGCUCAGUACAUUGUGUCCACUGGACACAAUGUACUGAGCCGGUUGGCUGGUUUUCCAAACAUUAGUCAAAAUAUGUUAUAUAGUUUAGACAUGAGGAAAAGUCUCCAUUUGGGAAAAUAUAAAUUCUCGUUUUGUUUCUUAAUUUGUGAAUUAGUUUUGUCCUUCUCAGGCUUCCGUACCUAACAGCUCCAUUUUGAUGAGCGAGUAUUACUUGCAUAACAAAUAUAUUUAUGAAUGAAUAGUGUGCAUGUUUUUGUUUUCACUUCCUCCUCCUUCUUUAUCAUUCCUGCUCGCUAAAAGCACAAGCUCACCACAGUACUACAGAACAACAAUUUUCCAGAUGGCUGCGAUGUCUGCAACUAACUCACCCACAUUUCACACAGCGUUUCACACAGCUCCAGCAUAUGAAUGAUACUUUGAGUAGAUACUUUUCUAGAGUUUGCCUCACUACAAUCAUUGCAGUUUGUCUUGUUCAGUGGCAGUCCCUUUAUAUUUAUUUAAAUGGCUGGGAUAUUCACAUUCCCACUCCUCUGUACUCUUAUUGUAAAUAUAAAGCAAAUAUACACCAACUGACAACAGGUUUAUUAGCAAUAAAUAUUUUUGCACCCUUUGA